AUGGCGGCCACGCCUUUCUUACAGGACACCGUGACACUUGUGAAGGAACCGAAACAGCUGCCCUCAAUCCCUUUUUCAUGGCUGCUCCCGAGCCUGUUUGCCGCCUUCAAUGUGACGCUGCUGGUGUUUUUGAGUGGCCUUUUCUUCGGAUUCCCUUGUAGGUGGCUGGUUCAGAACGGCGAGUGGGCCUUCCCUGUGGUCACAGGCUCUCUCUUCAUCCUCACCUUCUUCAGUCUUGUCUCCCUCAACUUCUCAGACCCUGGUGUCUUACAUCGAGGCUCCAUCAGUGAGGACCCCAUGACGGUGCAUGUGGUGCGUGUGAACCAAAGGGCUUUCCGCCUGGAAUGGUGCCCAAAGUGCCUCUUCCAUCGCCCACCCCGCACCUACCACUGCCCCUGGUGCAACAUUUGUGUGGAGGACUUUGACCACCAUUGCAAGUGGGUCAAUAACUGCAUCGGUCACCGCAACUUCCGCCUCUUCAUGCUGCUGGUCCUGUCCCUCUGUCUCUACUCAGGAGCCCUGCUGGUCACCUGCUUGAUGUUCCUAAUUCGCACAAGGCAUCUGCCUUUCUCCCUGGACAAGGGGAUGGCCAUCCUGGUGGCUGUGCCAGCCGCGGGAUUCCUGAUUCCGCUCUUCCUGCUGAUGCUGAUCCAGGCCCUAUCUGUGAGCGGGGCGGAGCGCACCUACGAGAGCAAGUGCAGGUACCAUCAGGAGUACAACCCCUUUGACCAAGGCUUUGCCAAGAACUGGUAUCUAACAAUGUGUGCACCAGUGGGUCCCAAUUACAUGUCUGAGGUUGUCUGUCUGCAAAGACCGGUGGGGACAGAACAGACCCACGAGAAGACGAAACCCUCGCCACCAUGUCUUCCUAAACACUGUAUCCCAGGUCCUCUGGGGCCCCGGCUCCAACCUCGGCACACACCAGGGAAGGGGCCCCCAGGCAGUGGUGAGGCAGCAGCUCUCCAGGAGAUAAGAAGGCUGCCCGCGUAUGUGGAAAAGUCCCCGGGGGUGGGGUGGGGGAAGAACAAGGUCUCUGCCCUGCAGUACCUCUAUCUGGCUGAAGAGGGCGCCCACUGCCCGGAGAAUGUGCAAGACGCUCUGGGCCCUUUGCACUUUUUAGAGACGUGGAAAGCAUUCAACAAAGCGAUAACUUCCCGUAGUCAAGGGAAAGCCAAAACCCUUCAGGCCCUUCCCCAUGACACGUUCUUCAGCGUGAAGACUAUGGGCUUCUCUAGGAAGCAAGGGGUCAGACACACAGUGACUUCUGACUCAGGGCUCCAGUGCUCUGCCUCCCUGAAGUCCCAUCGUGGGGCGCGCCCGGGGGUCUACACCACUUCGCUCUUCUUUGUCCCAGAGGGCUCUCCACUGCAGCAGACUCUGCGCUUUUGUUUCCUAUGUCAGAGCCUGGGAGAUAGAGAUGGUGCACAAGAUGAGCAGAAGCCCAAGGCUAGCCCGGAUUCCGGGACAGCCUCUGUGAAGGAAGAGCUGUGA